CACCGCUGGAAUACCGAUGAACGGUUCUUGUUGCUCGCAAUUAAAUUUAAAAUUAAUACUCAAGAAUUAAUUUAGAAUUAAUUUAGGCGAAAUGACGCCUCCCGCGGGUAAAGGCAAAUGGUUGACACCCAAAGGCAUGACCAGAGCGGAGCGCAAGGCCGCCAUUGCGGACAAUGUGGAGAAACUGGUCAGGAAGCUGUCGGGUAGGAAGGCCAGCGAGCAGGAUCUGCGCAAGAACGAGCUGCGGGCGUGGAAGCUGAUCCGCAAGUACCGUUACUGGAGCACCAUCUGCAGCAAGGCGAGCCGCACCCUGGACCUUCUGGUGGAGCGAUUCCGGGAGGAACCGGGCAUGUCCACGUUCGGGGACGCCGUCGGGGAGCUGGUCACCAAGCUGCUGCCGCUACCUGAACUGGAAGACAUAGGUGAGCCGGACGUGGAGUUGUCGUUGCUGGACUUCCUGCUCAGCAUGACCAACGAGCCCGUGCAGAACAUCCGGCGGCACCGGGAGCUGAUCAACGAGCUACGGCGGUCCCUAGUCGUCGUCAUAGAGGCAGCCGAGCGGCAGGAGCAGGAGGAGAAGGCCGCCCUCCACCCACCGCCCAAUCCCGCCGAAACGGAGGUGGACUGGACGGCGUUGCUCAGCGAGGACUUCCUCGAUCCACCGGGGGAUGACGAUAACAGCUCGGACAGUUUGAGUGACUGGUCAGAUGUUUCGGAUUGUGACACGUCGAGUACGCUUCGGCCCGAUGAAAAUAUGGGCACCACACUGGAGCUCCCGGACAUGGCCAGUGUUUAUGAGCGGGCCAUGCAAGUGGCCGCAGCGACUGAAAGUGGCACUACCAGCUUUCUGCCGGCUGCUCCCCACGAACGUGGCGUCCGGAGUAGCGUCUUCCGGAUCGGCUUGCCACUGGUGCUAACCCUAAACAAUCAGAGCCCUCAUCUAAGGCUGAGUAGGUUGCCUCAGUUGGAGGCACCACAGCCGCCGGCCACAGCCACCGAAUACGAAACCAGUGACCGAAAUUCGGACCUGCUGCCGCGGACAAUCCACGCCCACUGGUGGCGCCAUGAUAUUAAAGUAUUUGCCCUGCCCCCGGAUGCCGAUCCAUUGGCCAACUUUGCCGUGAGCUAUGUACAGUUUCUGAACCGAAACGCCCGUGGGUUGAUAAAACUGCCGCUGCCGAACACCACCACGGAGCCGUGCCUGCUGCGGGAGAUCCUCCUAAUGUUCGUGCGACCGGCCAGUUGUUGCUUCUUCGAAUUUAACGAGCAGACGCGGCGCAUUGUUGCCCGUUCAAAUGUCAGCAUCUGCACUGUGGCAGCGGGCACAAUGCAAGAUUUCCUGCAAGGUAAUGUGGUUCCUGCACUAGAGGACAUGUUGGAGCUGCGCCGCAUCAUCGAUGAGCACACGUUAGCCUUUGAUGACUCAACUACGGGUACCUUGGAAUGCUUUGCCUACGGCUUGAGGGAUCUUGUCCGGCCAAUUUCCCAGCUGCUCAUCGCCUACGAGCAGCUUGUCUAUGAUGAUCCCGCAAAAACUACGCUGAUCAUGUUUGUGUUUCAGUUUAGAAAACACUUUAAACAGCUGCGUUUGUUGCGCCACCUGGCCGAAGAUGUCAUCCUGAAAAAAGGACCUCCGCAUCUGCGGAGCGCCUAUUUGCUAUCUAGACUUUCUAGGCACACGAAUCCGCAGGUGCCGCACCAGAAGCUGGCAACUGCCCUGCUGUUAGUUUCCCUUGAGCGGUACUGCAACAUCAUCGACUCCUGGUGGCGCAGGGCCACGCUUGAGGAUCGGCGGAACGAGUUCAUCGUGGAGAGAUGGGUCGAGGAGGACUCGGAGCGACGUAGCUAUGUGCGCAAGCGUUGUGUGCAUCCGGAUGAAGGUCCUCAGGCCGUAGAGAUCUUCAAAAAGCUGCACUCCUGCCCUUUUUACCAGCUAAUGCUGGACCACGCCCUGGAGUCUGGAGACACACAGGAUUUGCUGGCCAACGUAAAUCUGCUGGGCGAAAUGUUGACCACCAGCAACAAAAAACAGCCGCUGUUUCUCUACGAUGAGCUGGCCGCACAGCUGUUCACUCAGAUAGAAACCUAUUGUGGUCCCGUGCCAGCGGAUGAGGAAGAUGCCCAGGAGCCGGAAAAAGAAAUGGGUCAGGCGGCCGACGAGCUGUUGGUGAAGAAUGCACAGGGCAUUCAGAAUCGUGAUCUAAUGGCCAUACUAACCCGACCGGCGCAGGUGCGUCUUUUGGAGCGACAACGCUGCCGUGAGACCAAAAAGCCGAUGCAAUUUACUAACAUUCUAAAGCGCUUGGAGCGCUCCAAUACGCUUGCGCUGAGGGACGAGCUCCCGGAGGCAUUGCGCGAGAUCCUGCGGAGAAGGCAGUGCCUGGCGAAUGAGUACGCUAUGCGAGCGUACCGCGUGGAUUUGCAGCUGGCCGAGCAUGUGCGAUUCUUGCGGCACACGAUGUUGCUGGAGGCGUACUUCCUACACCUACCCUACUACACCGCACUCUUCUCGCAAAUUGAGAACGGCGAUCACUGGGCCAGGAGUUCGGUGCUCAGUGCCACACUAUAUGAGGUGCUAUUGCCGCACUACCCGCAACUGGCCGACAACAUCCAUGUAAAGGUGAUAUCCAAGAUCGCCAGUACUUCCUAUAAACCUUACGAGGCCCUGGAGGCCCUCAAACUGGUCUACGACAUGGAAGUGGGCCUGCAGCGUAUCCUCACGGAAAAACACAUGCAAGGCUACAACUCGGUGUGGCGGCUGAUGCUGAAAGUGAAGUGGGCCGCAUGGAAGCUGGAGAAUCUCGCAUUUUUGCGUCGUAAAGACAGAAGUCCUUCUGCGCCUUUGGAUCUGGUCGGUCUGACGAUACGCCGCCUGGAGAUCUUGCGCUUCUGGUUGAUUUACCUCAUCAACAGCCUCCACACACACAUUAUGCAGGCCGUGGGCCAGCAGUUUGAGCUCCGGAUCGGUCAGUGCAAGAACAUCCGACAGUUGAGCACCCUGCACGACGAGUAUAUGGCGCUGCUGUUGACCCAUUGCAUGCUGACAGACGAAUUUGCCACCUUUCGCGUGGCCCUCGAGCAGCUCUUCCAUCUGGUCUACGUGCUGGACAUGGAGUGGGCCAGCUGCGCCUGUUACCUUGGCGAUAACGACGCCCUCAGCUUGGAUCUUACUACUUCGGAGUACGGCGAUGCGGACAGCGAGUCGGAUGGCCGGACCUUGGAGUAUUUGGCCCUAAACCAGGUGGUGGAGAUCGAGGUGACGUACAUACGGUGCCAUCAGACGCUGGCCGAGAUUAUCAACACGCUGGUGUACAAGCACGAUCACGGAUUCCUAACUGCCUUGGAAGUGGCCAUCAACACCAGUGUGCCCCACUGAACCCGAAUCUCCUCAUGGCAUUACUUCACUCACCAUCAUCGCCAUAACAUAA